UUCAUUCAUUCUUUCUUUCUUUCUUUCCUUCCCAGCUCCAUGUCACAUAACUUUGAUACUUGUCCCUUGCGAUUCUAUUCUCUCUUAAUUAUAGAUAGCAAAACACAAAAAAUCAUUUUGGCCACAAAAGAAAUAUGCACCUUAUUAGGAUAUCUUCCAUUUCAAUUGAUCGGUCACCAUCUUGCUAUACUGAAUUUACAACCACUCGGUGAACAACUCUAUGCAACUCGACAUGAAUGUUCUCAAAGCCGUAUCUUGUUACAAGUUUGUAUUCACAAAGAAAAAUCUCUAGGUUUAGAUUAUUGGUGCUUUCAUCCAACAUCUACGUCUCUACUACCAAUUGUUAACUCCAAUAUGACAGUAUUACGACUCGAUCCUUAUGGUUGCAUAGAAUAUACUUCUUUGGCUAACCAAAAUAUUCUUCUUGGUAAAUCACUCAAAACAUUAAUACACAACGAUGAUAGAAAACGACUAUCUGAUGGAUUAAAUGAACGGCAAACAACAUAUCAAGUAUUACAUUUACGAUGUCAACAACUUAUUGAUAAUGACGAUGCAUACGAAUGGAUCAGUUUGACAAUGAUUACUGUACCACGAAGACGAUCAUAUGGAGCUCAACAUGAAGAUAUGACACGACAACUAAUGAUUAUACGGCCAGCAAGCAAUCCUGACCUUCUUACGUCUACAGUAGCAAGAACAACAAACCAGGAUCGAUCUACGUUUAUUACUUGGUCUCAUGGAUGUCUUGAGGUGAUGCGGUUUGUUUUUGGAUUUUGGAUUGGUUUAGUAGUGGAAGCUUGGUGGACGAUGUGUGACACAGUAUAUCAAGGACAACGUUAUUUGGUUGAAUUUUUGGCUCAUCUGUUGAUCAGUUUAUUGGAUUUUUUGGCAGAUUGUAUCGACCCAGCACCAUCAUCUACUUCAUCUGUACGCGUGGUACAAGCUCAAGAAAAAUGGAGGGAACCAAAAUUACAGCAAUUGGAUGACAAUAAUACAACCGAAGUACCUUGGGUUCGUCCUUUACAUCGAAAACGUUGGGCUACUGCAGUACGAACAUUACGGAAACGCGUCCAGUCAAGUACCGUGGCACAAAAAUCGCUUGGCGUUCUUGAAUCUAUUGGUGUAGUGCAAUCUGCUACUAUGUUUGAUUAUUUGGAGAAAGUCACUAGUGAACAUUAUUAUCAUUCUUCUCGUCCUUCUCCUCCUCCUCCUACUAUUAAAGAUAAAACCAUUUGAUUUUUUUUUUUUUUUUGAAAUAAAGAAACUAAUUUUUU